AUGUACGCGGAGGACGCAGGGGGCGGGGACCCGUCGGACGAGCCGCCGGCGUUCGCUGGCGAGCGCCCUGGGGCGUUGUCUCCGCCGGGUAGGGUGCACCUCACCCCGCGGCGCCGCGUGGUGCUGCCGGUUGUGCACAUCCGCGCCAGGCCCAUCCUGCCGUACCUGGGGGAGCGGAAGGAGCAGCGCCACGUGUGGUGCCUCGACCACCAGAACCUCGUGGUGCGCUCCAGUAAGGUGGCGUCGGCGCGCCGUCAGACCGCGUCGCCGGUGUGUGGCAGCGGUGCCCCCAAUAGUGCGCCACAGUCGCCGUUUGCGUCGCCGCAGCUGCGGCCCCACUCCGUCUCCCCUGUGCGGUGGAGUGAGCUGCCGCUGGCCAGGACGCCGUUCGGCAGGCAGACGCCGCGGGGUCACCGCAGAGACGCCUCGUGCCCCCGCCGCACUUCAACUGCCACCCCACGGAGGGGAACUCGACCUACCACGCCAACCACGCAGGAGGCCGCAGCGCCCAACCCACCUGGCUUCAUUCGGCGGGAGGAGCACUUUAGCUUUGACUUUAUCCACGGCGAGGACGCAACUCAAGAUGAGGUCUUCGAGGAAAGCGUGCUGGAUUUUGUUGACUUAGCACUCUUGGCGCAAAACGUCGCCAUAGUCUGCUACGGCCCCACAGGGAGCGGCAAGACGUAUAGCAUGAUGGGCCCCGCACGCAGUUCUGCGUUGAGGAAGCGAAGCCCUGUGAUACCAUCAAUGUAUAAUGCAAACUUUUUUGAGGACCGACAGCUCUAUGAGAACAGCAACCGAAGUAAAAUUGGCACCGCGCUUGAGCCGCUGUCGAACAGCCACAGAAGCAGCAGUACCACGGUAGCCACCAAUGCCUCGGGGUCAGCCGGGCUGGGGUCGAUGACGACGCUAACACAAGGAGCACCCCCGCCCGCGGCGGCGGAAAGGGAUGAGGGGCAGCAGCAGCAACAACAGCAGGAAGGGAGAGGCGCGCAGAGUCCAGGGCGUGGAGCGGAUGCCAGAGAAGUCGUGGGGAGCCCAUUAUCUUCGGGUAUGUCUCCGUUCGACUUGGAAUUCCCGCUCUACACGGACGCCUGCGCCGUGCCCAGAAACGAGAUGAGCCUCACGGGACUUAGUAGUGGUCUGGCGGAGUCGUUGUUCGUGGCGGAUGAGGUGAAUGAGGCGGUGGGUUUGCUGCCGCGCCUGGUGCUCAUUUUGCUGGAGCGCCGCGGGGAGACAGUCGUGCUUGAGCAAGAGGAAUCGACGGCCAGAGCCUCACCCGCUGGCCGGUCCGGCGGGGUAGGUGAUAGAAGCCAGGACAGGCAGAGGCGAGGCCGUGGCGCCUCCCUGACGCUGCAGGAGCUUAUCCUUUACGGCGUGGAGCUGUACAUGGACGAGUUCCACGACUUGCUGGAUCCCGCUAAACGGCUGAUCUCAAACGUCAGCGACAUCGGCGGCCUUGACGCAUUCUGUCGGAACAUGAACAGCCCUGGCGCCUUCGCGGCAGGUGGUGCUGGGAAACGCUCGAGUGGCGUGGGCGGCACCCCUUUUCGCGGCGGUGGGGUGCCGGUGUCCUCCGUCGACGACUUCCGCCGCUGCUACAAGCUGGCGUCGCGCAAUCGGGUGACGAAGGGGCACCAGCGCAACGACACGAGCUCGCGCUCGCACGCCGUUUUCAUUCUGCAACUGCAGUUCGACCUGACGGACUCGCGGCACGCGGGCGGUGAGGCCGUGGCGCAGCGCGUCUGCUCGUACGUGGCGAUGGUCGACCUCGCCGGCUCCGAGCGGGUGAAGGAGACGAAGGUGGAGGGGGCCGCGCUCCGCGAGGCGCAGUACAUCAACAAGUCUAUCUCCGCCCUCUCAGCCGUGCUUCUGGCGUUGUACCAACGAUCUAGUCAUGUGCCGUACCGGGACUCCAAGCUCACGCGUUUGCUGCGGCCGUGCCUGGAGUCCGGACACGUGCUGACCCUCGUGCAUGUCACGCCCUGCUCCGCGGAGGAGACGCUAAGGAGCCUCAAGUUUGCAGAGCUGGUGCGUCACACAAACGUACAAACCCACAGUUUGGCAAACGCCUCAACAGAAGUGGUGUCAUUGCUCGAGGACUUGCGAGACCCGCAUGCGGAGGAGCGCAUCGAGGCGUACCGCCGACUGGAGGUGGAGUACGUCCAGCUCUGCGCGGAGAUGCGGCUUGCGUACCUCAGUCGUGACACGCAGGACGUCUCGCAACAGGACUCCCUGACGCCCGCGAUAAACUCUGCAGCUGCGUGGUCUGCAGGCCAGGAAUUGUCGCCAGGUCAGAGGCGCGCGUACAUUAUUGGAACUCUUGUGGAGCGGCAACUGCACCGCUACCGGGCGAUGGAGGACAAACGGAUGCAGGAGGCCGCCGCGGAGAUUGAGAGGGAGUGGGAGUUCUACGUCGAGAGCGCGCGCCGCAGCAAGCGACAGGAGAUUGAAGAUCUACAGACUGCCGUUGAGCAGCUGCAGGCCGUCAAUGCACGGCUGGCGAAGGAGAACAGCCAACCGGUGCUGCGCGACGAGCAUGCCAUGGACAUCAAGCGACACAUGAGGGAGCUUGCUGCCGAGAUGACGAACUGCGCAAGGGAGAAGCUGCUGCUCCGGGAGGGAAUGCGCGCCAUUGACCAGCGCAUUGCCCUGCAAGCGGACUUGGAGCGUUGCCUGGAUGAGCAGCUGCGGAAGACGCAAAGGGUUGAGGCGGAGGCAGGCGGUAACAGUGCGAGGCUGUCCGUCGACGGCCACGUGGAUGGGGAGAUGGGGGAGAUCUUCCACCAACAGCACCUUCUCUCAAAGGAGAUGUCGCUGCUGCGAAAGGAGGCAAGCUGCUUUGUAUUGGGUGACGGGAUCUGGGAGGGGAUCUGGGCCCGCGUCAUGCGGCAGGAGUUACUGCUGGCCAUCAGCAUAGAUCUGGAAAUGCUGGAGGGCAUUCUGCUGCGCCCCCAGUCCCUGCGCUGGGUGCUGGAGGCGAAUGGAUUGACGUCGGAGGCGGCGCGGGAGGCCGCCUUCCCCACGUAUUCGGUCGUCCGUAGCGUCAAGACAUUGCUGGACACCUUCGAAACGCUGAAGAAGCAGGCGGCGGGCCACGCCAACGGUGCGGGGGAGAGUGAGGUGCGGAGGGCCCCGCUUCCCCCAAUUCCACUUGCCCUGUCGAACGGCGACGAGGUGAGAGCCGCGGCGACGCUCGUUGGCUGCUACGGCGACGAGGCAAAGAUGCAGGAGGUGGGGGUGAGGCAGCUGGCCGAGGAGGGGAUCUUCUGCGAGGUCACGUGUCUCUCCAUGGGGGUCGAGGAGCUCGUGCGGCGGCGGCCGUCGGCCACGGGGCUAAUGCAGCUGACGAAUUACAAGGUGCCGUGGGGCUGCUUGCGGCUGGUGCGCCCACCCAAGGACGCCUCCUCCUACUGCCUGGAGUUCUUCCAGCGCGCGUACACCGGCAGCGACAAGGUGCGGGACCGGCGCGUCAUCUCCAUUCCGCUGGCUGAGCCGCAGCUCCGCCUCAAAUUACACGUCUUUGAGGCGGAGGGGCUGCUGUACACCCCGGCGUGGGACGACGCGUCGCCGGCCCCGGACACCGCCCUCCCACUGCUGGCGCUGGAGCUGCGGGGCGUUCACCCUGCCACCAACGCAAGCGCGCAACACCACCAAAAUGGAGGUACAAGCGCGCGCUCGCGGGGACACGCACACUACAACGCCCCGCCUCCCCUCGACACCGGGGGCGCGUACAACGGUCAUGGACUGCUGCCUACUGGCGCUGAAAACGCCAACUCGCGUGACUUUUUGCUCACCAAGCGUCUGGAUUGCGGCGGGGACUUGCUGCUUCCGUCUGGUUGCAUGGCGGCGUGCGAGGAGGGAGGAGGGUGCUUCCUGCUGCAUUUCCCAGAACGGCUUUUUGCAAAAGCAACCCGCACAGAGGCGGUGGAGUGCAUUGUUGCCGCCCUUUCAGGUCUGACGCUGCCUUUGUUUUCGGACGCGUCGCAGGGUUGCUCUUCCAGCACCACCGACUCAGACACCGUGAUUGGUGACGUUCGUGUGGUGACGUAUCAGCACGUGCCGUACGUGCUGCUCAGCAGCGAAGGUGGUCCGCUGCGGGGCAGCCAUGCAACAAGCCUGCCGGUGCCUCGUAGGGUGGGGAUGCAGUUGCUGGGGUACUUCAGUGCCACCCAGAUUCGCUUCUACUUUCAAAUGGAUGACGACAAUGGGACGAGUGAGAAGAGCGAAACGGAUUCGCGUUCCCCGCCGUUUUCCCACGGUCGAUUUGCCAGGUCAUUUUCCACUGCUUGCGCUAUGCUGAGCCGUCUUGGCACUUUAGUUCCCGCCCCUUCUGCUGCGGGCGGCAGUGUUGAUAGCGAAGAGGGCGGUCGUGGGAAGAAUGGCGGCAGCGGCGCGGAGGCCACGGAGGACGUGGAUGGGGCGGAGUCACUGAUGCAGCGCAUGCAGCGGCUUUUCGCAUUUCGCAAAAAGACGUGUGCGCUGGUGCGCCAGCAGAUCUUCGACGCCGAGGACAUUAAGGCGGAGCUCCUUUACAGCUACUCCGACAGCGAGUUGCUGCAAGGGACACACAUCAAGGCUGUGCUGAAGGAGGCUCGGGAAUUGAUCGACCUGCAGCAGCCACGCAGAAGCACGGCUCUUGUAUUGCAUGGGCCCGUGCGUGCCACCCCCGGUUUGUGCCGUGAGAUGUGCGGCACCACCGUUCCCUGGACGCUCUGGCACUGGGCACACCGCUGGAAGGCGCUGCAGGAGGCCCACAGACUCCACCAGGCGCUGACCGGCGCCCAUGACGUGGGCGAUGACUCGGAUAGCGCGGACGACUCUGCGGGUGACGGCGGCGGCGGCCGUCUCUCCACGGUGGCCUCCACCGUGGCCCCACGGGACGCCGCCGGGCAGUCACUCCUCGCCUUUGAGGAGCUGCCGUGCUUCCUCACCUGCAUGGAAUAG